AUGUCUACAAAGGAAACGAUGGACGCAACUAAACAUAAUAUGCCAUCGGUCACCGACGAGAAUGAAAGCAAUUCAUCAUCAUCGACUUCAUUCGCCGCGCAGAAACGGCGGCAAUAUUAUCUUCGACCGAUGAAAUUAUUCAUUAUGUCGUCGAUGGGCGCCGAGUUUAUGUUUUUAUUGAUUGGUAUUUUUGCUUUCUCUGGUUUCAAAGAUCUUUUCUAUAAAAUCGCUUGGACAUUAUUUUUCUGCGGCAUCGGAAUGGGCUCAACCAUGGGAACGUUGAUAAAUAUGUUUAUAACUGAUCGAUACUUUAAUACAAAAGCAAUCCUUGGUACAAUCAUCUUAGGAUGUCUCGUAUUCGGCUCGUGCAAUGUCUUAUGUUUUCGACUAGAUCAUCAUAUGGAUUAUUGGGGUGCAAUCACCAAUCCAAUCUUCUUUCUUUCGAAAGGUUUUCUGGUUGCUGUCUUAGGAAGUGUUGUCAAUGGUUAUUUACUUUUUAAUCCAAACGGGCAAAAACUCUUGAUUAAAAUGGGUCUUUGA